AAACUUCAGACACCCCGGCUGAACGGUGUACUUCAUACUCGAAAUUCCCUAGGCAUCAGGAUCCUCUAGUGACUCCAGGGAAUACAGGUGUGAGCGAUCUUUUUCUUCAGCGGGGAAUCGCCAGGUAGUUUUUGAUGACAGGUGCUUUCGUGCAGUUUCGCCGGCGUUCUCAGCACCAGUUCGCUUCCACCCAACAUUCGGUCGAGGUCGCACGUGGACCCACGAAAAUCAUAUCAAUUGAACUCACCUGUUCGCAUAGUCCCUUACCUGGGUUUUGUCCAAAUUUACAUCGAUCGAUUGUUUGUUGGAGAAUAUUCCAAGAGCUCUGGAGGAAGUUGAAACAAUGGCCAAAGAUUUGUGAAGAAGACUGGGGUGAAAAACUGACGCUUUUCACUGAUUCAUAUGCGCUGGAGAUUCCAUGAAGAUCUUUAUUUUUUGUACAUGUAUAUAACUGUGUGUUUUGAAGUUCCCGGGGUGGGAAAAGUGUAACAAGAUAUUAUGAGAAGGAAGGUAAGGUCAGAAUGCGGGAGGAAGAGCUCGAGAUAUCACUCAAGGUGGUCAUAGUAGGCAAUGGGGCAGUGGGUAAGUCGUCGAUGAUCCAAAGAUUUUGUAAGGGAACUUAUACAAGAGACUACAAAAAGACUAUUGGUGUUGAUUUCCUAGAGAGGCAAAUAGAGGUCGAUGGCGAAGACGUGCGAUUAAUGCUGUGGGACACCGCUGGCCAGGAGGAAUUUGACGCUAUCACAGCCGCUUAUUAUCGUGGUGCGCACGCUUGUGUGCUGGCAUAUUCAGCGACUGAUAGAGAUUCGUUCGAUGCUAUACCAUCGUGGAAACUUAAGGUUGAGAAUGAAUGUGGAGAAAUACCGACGGUAUUGGUGCAGAAUAAAAUCGACUUGGUGGAUCAGUGUCAAAUUGAUCCAGAAGAGGCGGAGAGACUUGGUCGAGCUCUAGGCUGUAAACUCCUACGAACCUCUGUCAAGGAAGACGUGGGCGUAUUGAGUGUCUUCAGGCACCUGGCAUCAAGAUGUCUCCUGGAAAUGGGCAGAUGCGAGGAUGAUUUUCAGGAUGAUUUGAGACUCUACUCCUCGGGACCCAGAUCACCGUCAGUCAUUAGUGCUUUUAGCCCAAACGAAUGUAGCCGUACAACCGGAAACGGUACGAUUGUUCUCCGUCCAAGUGGUAAACGGCAUCACAGAAAGAAAAAUUUUGUCAAGAGCGCGUGCCGGCUCUUGUAAUGAAUACUUGAAAAACGCCCUGUCCUUUACAAUCUUAGUAAUAAGCAAAUGAACUUGCGCUACGAAUCAAAAAUAAGAAUAUCGUGUAUUGUUCUCCGCGCCGUACGGUCCCAAGGACAAACAAGAAAAGAGGCAUUUUUGUCUAGAGUAUUAUUAUACAUUGUACCUUCUUGUUUUGUACAUAUGUAUAUGUAUUUUCUCCUUUAAUUAUUCGCUCUUAAGAAUUGGGUUUUAUUCACCGAGUGACUUUGAAUAAUUUAUCAACUGGUAGAUGUGCGAUGUUAAACUGAAUAAAUAAAAUAAUAAGUUAUCAAUUUGGUACUCUUUCUGAAGGACGAACUUUUUUCAGACAAAUAAGACAAAAAGUUGGUGUUUCACAUGAACGGAAAUUCUACGACAUGCUAUUCCCUCGUGGACAUUCAAUUUUUCCCAUAAAACUUGAGUGACAAUCUUAAUCUUACCUGUGUAUAAAUGUGUGUGUACAGUGUCCUUCACCUUUCACAAGGACUUGGAUAGGGGGAGUCAACGCCCCUCGUUGCUCACUCGGCUGCCUUCUCCUAUAUUACAACAGAAAACUCACACACAUAAAACUACAACGAACAAUUUCUUACUCUGAAACAUCUAUUGCCCCACGCAAUCACGUUUAUGUGAUGAUAGAUCUUUUGGGGAUUUUAGUGACUGGUCGAAAAAAUAUAGCCAUUCGUUUGGGUUAUUAGUGUUCCAUAGUUUUAAUUUUUAUUUCAACUUAUCACAAGAAAAUGGAAUAACAAUUGGAUUUGCAAUGUUUCCUUUAUAAUCAGGGAGAAAUAUUAGAAAGAUAAUGAGCUGUGGGCAUUUAAUCAUGAAAGGGCUAAGAAAGAAAUUCUGAAAAGUUGUGGACUCAAUCCUUAAUUUAUAGCUGCGCCUACAUUAAUAGC